AACACAAGAGGAUCAUUCGUAUUAUUAGUUUACACGAGAAAUCAUGUUAUCCUUUUUCACCUUGUUUGCCAUACUUUUCACCUUAGGAUCUUCCAGUCCUUUGGUUGACCAAUUGAACGCCGUCAAUGGAACUUACAACAUUCAAGCAGUUCUGAUUGCUGGUUCCAAUGAGUUCUACAACUAUCGUCAUCAAGCCGACAUUUGCCACGCUUAUCAUGUCUUGAGAAACCAUGGUGUCCCCGCUGAAAACAUUAUCGUCUUCAUGUACGAUGAUAUUGCAAAUAAUAGAGAGAAUCCAUUCCCAGGAAAGAUUUAUAAUAUUCCAAAUGGACCUGAUGUUUACGAAGGUGUUGCAAAAGACUACACUGGAAAAGAUGUUAAUGUCGCUAACUUUUUGGGAGCUCUUAAGGGAGACAAGGAAUUGGCUGCCAAAGGUAAAAAAGUUCUGACCACUGGACCAAAUGAUCACGUCUUCAUCUAUUUCUCUGAUCAUGGUGGUGCUGGUAUUCUUGGUAUGCCCUCAGAAUACUUGUCAUCGCAAGAUCUUAAUGAUGCCUUGGUUUACAUGAAUAAAAAUCAACUCUACGGUAAACUUACUUUCUACGUUGAAGCUUGUGAAGCUGGUUCGAUCUUCGAUAAAAUACUUGCUGAUAAUCUCAACAUCUUCGUAACAACUGCCUCAAAUCCCGAAGAGUCAAGUUAUGGUGUCUAUUGUGAUGUUGAGGGUCCUCUUAGUGGUACUUGCCUUGGGGAUGAAUAUUCAGUCGCAUGGUUACAAGAUUCUGACAAACAAGAUCUCAAGACUGAAACUCUCGAACAACAAUUCAAGAAUGUCGUCAAAAAUACUCCAUCUUCUCACCCACAAGAAUAUGGACAAAAAUCUUUGAGCAGUUUAGAUGUUGGUGAAUUCCAAGGUGAAUCUGCAUCAACAAACAACAUUGCAAAUGAACCCGUUCCAGCUUCAGGUCAAGUUAACAGUCGAGAUAUUCCUCUUCAUUCACUUCGUUCAAAGAUCAUCAGUUCUAAUGAUGCUAGUCAAGUCGCUAUUCAUAAGAAACAAUUAUCUAAAGUUAUCGCUGCCCGAAAAUACCUUAAAAAAUCCCUUUCAAAGGUAAUUCAAAGCCUUUGCUCAGCUGGUUUCUGUCCAAAUGUUGACCGAGUUUACAAUACACGAAAACCUUUAGUUGACCACAAAACUUACGAUAAGGUAGUCAAACAAUUCCAUUCAAGUUGCCUUAACAUUGGUGUCAACUCUGAUGUCCUCAAAUAUAUGUACACUUUUGUCAAUCUCGUCGAGGAAAACAAAUUCAACGAAUCUACUCUCAAAAUUUUCUUACAAACUUUGGAAAAAUCUUGCAAAAAACAUUUCGCCAACAAUCAAUUCCAAGCAAUUGUCUAAUUAAACGAAAAUGUAUCUCUUUAUACUCAAUGAAAUGAGUUGAAAUCAAUAAAAUCCAUUGCAAAUGAA